CAGAUUGCGACGGAAGGCUUGUGCCUUUGAACAAACCUUCAUACACAUAUUCCAGGACGUUUUCGGACGGAAAUCCACGUGACAUUCUCUGUAACAUGACCACAGAUAAUGGAGGAUGGAUAGUCUUUCAACGUCGUUUUGAUGGAAGUACCGACUUUUAUAGGAAUUGGACGGAAUAUGCGUUGGGUUUUGGUAAUAUAACCAGUGAAUUCUAUUUAGGAAAUCAGAUCAUACAUGAGAUUGUAAGAGAGGGGAUUUUUGAACUCAGAAUUGAAUUAGAAGACAAAGCAGGAGAAUUGAGAUAUGCCAAAUACGGACAAUUUUCUAUCGAUGGUCCAGACUCUUUGUAUACAUUGCAUGUGACUGGUUACAGUGGAAAUGCUGGCAACAGCCUGAAAUACCACAAUGGUCGAAACUUUACAACAUUUGACAUGGAUAAUGAUAUCUGGCCUGAAAACUGUGCUGUGCAUUGCCAUGGAGCUUGGUGGUAUGGAGGCUGUCAACAAAGCAACCUGAAUGGUGACCAUGGAAACGAUGAGCACGCGAAAGGAAUAAACUGGUUUCAUUGGCAUGGCUGGUAUUACUCAAUGAACUCCACGCAAAUGAUGUUCAGAGUAACCAAACAUUAA